CUGACUGAGCAAAGGGCCCCAGCCUGCUCAGCAGCGCCUUGCAGCUAAUCAAGUUCUUGCCCAAGAGGCGCUUGUUGCACUGUCUACAGGCACAGAGAUGCCGCCUCACCUCUUCCCAGGGGAGAGUUGGUAGCUCCUCCCUGCUAGGUGCAUAUCUCAAUGCCCAAGCGAGUUUUGCAAUAAAGGAGUUGUCCCUGAACAGGUGGGGAGCUGCGGAGCCGGUACACUUGCUCCUGCUGCUGCUGUUGGCCCAGGGACAGGACAGACAGGACAGGCCAUAAAAGCUUUUUACUGUCCUGUUUUUAAACCUCCAAGCUCCUUUCUGGAGUUGCUACACCUUCAGAUUGAGACAUCCCUCCUCCUCAUUUGCAAACCCCGGCGGUGUCUCAGGGGAGGGCUACUUCCAGAGCUGCCAGGAGCCAGCAGGCUCCCAAGGCAAAGGACCACAUCGCACCAGAAACUGGGGCAGAGCAGUGCCUGGAUGUGACAGACACCGGAAGGCUUCUGCCCCAACGACUUCUAGGAUCAAAGCUGACGUGCCCUUACUUGGGAGCCGUCGGGAUUUACCUCUGUAGAGCAGACGCAUGGACUGUAUCAUCCAGAAGGCCGAAGCCCUGGACAGUGCUCAUCUGUUGCAGAUCACCUGGGACGAUGGAGGAGAGUCCCUGUACCCAGCCGUGUGGCUGAGGGACAACUGCCAGUGCUCUGACUGCUACCUGGAUUCUGCGAAAGCCCGGAAACUUCUCCUGGAAGCUCUUGAUGUGAACAUCAAUAUCAAAGGCUUGACAUUUGACAGGAAAAAGGUUUACAUCACGUGGCCGCAUGAGCACUUCAGCGAAUUUGAAGCUGAUUGGCUGAAGAAAAGAUGCUUUUCCCGGCAGGCCAGAGCCAAGCUGCAAGGAGAGUUGUUUUUGCCAGAAUGUCAGCACUGGGGCUCAGAGCUCCAGCUACCAACUCUGGAUUUUGAAGAUGUUCUAAAAAAUGAUGAAGCUAUGUAUAAGUGGCUUUCCACGCUCAAGAAAGUAGGCAUCGUUCGACUCACCGGAGCAGCUGAUAGACAAGGAGAAAUUGCAAAACUUGGGAAAAGGAUUGGUUUCCUCUAUCUCACAUUUUAUGGACAUACUUGGCAAGUGCAAGACAAAAUCAAUGCCAACAAUGUGGCUUACACAACUGGGAAGCUGAGCUUUCACACUGAUUACCCGGCUCUCCACCAUCCACCUGGGGUUCAGCUUCUGCACUGCAUCAGGCAAACAGUCACUGGGGGCGACUCGGAGAUUGUCGAUGGGUUUAACGUGUGCCAAAAGCUCAAGGAAAAGAAUCCCCGGGCUUUUCAGAUUUUGACAUCUACCUUUGUGGACUUUACAGACAUCGGUGUGGAUUACUGUGAUUUUUCUGUGCAAUCUAAACACAAAAUUAUAGAGUUAGAUGACAAAGGCCAAGUGAUUCGCAUCAACUUCAAUAACACAACGAGGGACACGAUCUUUGACACCCCCGUGGAGAGAGUCCAGCCUUUCUACGCUGCUCUGAGGGAGUUUGUCGACCUCAUGAACAGCAAAGAAUUCAAGUUCACCUUCAAGAUGAACCCAGGCGACGUGAUCACCUUUGACAACUGGCGCGUGCUGCACGGCCGGCGCAGCUACGCGGCGGGCACGGAGAUCACCCGCCACCUGGAAGGCGCCUAUGCCGACUGGGACGUGGUCCUGUCCCGGCUGCGCAUCCUGAGGCAGAGCCUCAAGGGCCAGGGCUGAAGCUCCGCCCCGUCUCGGAGAGGCCGGUGUGGACACUCACCGUCGUGGCCGGCGUCCUUCCGCGCUCCCGUCUUUACCCCGCGGCACUCACUCGCCCCGCAAGAGUAACUUCUCCCUCCUAGCCUCGCUCAGUGUCACUUUCUGCAGCAGGCCUGGCCUGUCUUCUCCAAGAAAGCACGUUUCCUUCCCGUCCCGUGUGUGCACUCAUUUCUUUUGCCCAUGUGAUGUCUCUGCACGGGUACAGAUAGCGUUUGUGUGAAAUUAAACAUGUCUCCAAAGACAGCUUUGUUACAAGUAAAUCUACUGCUGCACAUAAA